GCCACAUGGAGCUGCGCUUAAUAUUGAUGGCCACGCUGGCCAGUCUCAGCCUUAGCCAGAGCUACGCUCAAACCACCUGCAAGAACGGACUGGGCCGCGUGCUAUACGAGCGGCUGCCCAACCAGCAGCUGCAGGGCUACGAUGAUGAUGUGGUGCGGGAUACGGCGCCGCCGUUCCGCGUGCUGGAGAAGUGCCAGGAUCUGUGCCUGCGGGAUCGCACCGGCACCAACAAUCUGGUGCGCACUUGCACCAGCUUUGAUUUUCAGCCGGGCAGCCGGAUCACCUCAUUCGGCGGCACCUCCGAAUACGAGGAGUCGCUCUGCUAUCUCACCUCCGAACAGGCCGGGCCCGAGGGCAUCGGCAGCCUGAUGCUGGUGCCCAAUAGCGUUCACUUCAACGAGAUCUGUCUGACAUCCAGCCGCCCCGAGCGUGAGUGUCCCAGUCGACGUUAUGUAUUCGAGCGGCAUCCGCGCAAGAAACUCAAGCUGCCCAUCAGCGACAUCAAGGAGAUAACGGCCGCCAAUCGCUCGGACUGCGAGGACAAGUGCCUGAAUGAGUUCUCGUUUGUGUGUCGCUCGGCGAACUUUGAUUCCACGAUGCGCUCCUGCACGCUGAGCAGAUUUACGCGACGCACGCAUCCGGAACUGAUGGAGGACGACCCCAAUUCGGACUAUCUGGAGAAUACGUGCUUAAAUGCUGAACGUCGCUGCGAUGGCCUGGCCGUUUUUGUCAAGGAGGAGAACAAGCGCCUGGGCGGUCCCUUUGAGGUGGACAUCUUCAACAAUAUGACGCUGGAGGAGUGCCAGACCAUGUGCCUGCGCGCCGAGAAAUACUUUUGCCGUUCGGUGGAGUUUGAUGAUCAAAGCAAACAGUGCAUCUUGUCCGAGGAGGAUUCCAUUUCUCAGAAGGAUGACAUCAGCAUCAGCUCCAGCCCCACACAUCAUUUUUAUGAUCUUGUGUGCCUCGAUAAUCAACGAGCCACCGAUUAUCCAGAUAACUCGGUUACCUCACACCUCUUCUCGAGCGGCCGUCGGCCAGAUACAGCAUUCCAGCGUUACCGCAACUCGCGUCUGGGCGGCGAGUUUCACUCAGAGAUCACGGGCCGUUCGCUGAGCGAGUGCCUGGACGAGUGCCUGCGCCAGACCAGCUUCCAGUGCAGGUCUGCGGUUUAUAGCGAUCGUUUUCGUACUUGUCGCCUCAGUCGGUACAAUCAAAAGGAUGGCAUGCGCAUCAUAUACGAUGCUGAUUACGAUUACUAUGAGAAUCUUAUGUUAAACGUUGUGGGCGGCGGCGGCAGCGGCAGCGGCGGCGGCGGCGGCGCCGAUAGCGAUGCCAAGCGACCCGGCGAUCAGUCUGGCAGCAACUGGAGACAGCCUAACAAGCAUGACGAUCGCUACGGAUCAGGGUCAGCCGCUGGUGGUUCGGGCUCUCAUGCUGCUGGUGCUGGUGGCAGCAACAGGCUGCCACCUGGCGAGGGCAUUGAUUAUGGCAGGCCAUAUGAUCGCUAUCCCGACUUUGCAGCCAAUGAAUAUGCAGAUCGUUAUCCCUACGGCGAUCGCGAACGUGAUCGCGACCGUGAUCGUGAUCGCGAUCGCGAGCGAUACCCACCCGAUCGUUAUGGCGGCUCUCGUUAUCCGGGCAGCGAUGGCCUCGGCAUGGGCAUGGGCAUGGGCUUGGGCUAUGGUCGACCCUACGAACGCUAUCCCGAUGAUUAUGAUCGCUACCCAGUGGGAGGCAGUGGCGACCGAGAUCGCGAUCGCGAUCGGGAUCGUGAUCGUGAUCGCGAGCGGGAUCGCUACCCGGAACGCUAUCCGCACGAUCGCUAUGGAGACAGACGCUAUCCGGAGCGGGAGCGGGAUCGUGAUCGUGAUCGGCUGCCUUAUCGCCCGCUACCUUAUCCAGGCAUUAAUGAUAACACGCUGCCCAGCGAUCUGCCCCAUACGAGACCCUUUCCCCCCGACGACGAUGCGCCCUACAGGCCCUAUGGGUAUGGUGGAGGCGGUCGAUAUGGCGACAAUCGCUAUGACAGCCGCUAUCCGGCACGCUAUCCGCCGGGUCGUGAUCCUGUGGGCGGUUAUACGGGCCGAGAUGCGCCCGAUAGCAUAUUUCCGGACAGACGCUAUCGACCCUCGUCCAUGGACUCGUCACGCUAUCCCUAUGUGCCUGACUCUCGCGGGCCACCCGGACGCUAUGAUGAUAUUGUGCACAGCGCCAGGCGACCGGAACCGGAUUCCGCCAAACGCUAUCCGCCCGCUCCCCUGGCGCCCACGGGCAGCGCCAGCAAGUACGCCUCGACCCCGAAUCGCUUUCCGGUGGGCAGCGAUCGCUAUCCCAUCGACAUCUACAAGUACGGUAAUCGCCUCGGCCCCAGUGAUUUGGGCAGACGUCCCGGUUUGGAACGCCCGCCGUCCUACUACGAUUACGACUACGAGGAACGCUAUGGCGAUCGCUUUGCGCCGGGGCCCUACGAUCGCGAGUACGACGGUCCGCCCGCUCGCCGCCCGCCUCCGGGGCGCUAUGACACGCCCUUUAAUCGGCCCUAUGCUGCAGGUGGCGGUGGCCUUGAUGAUCGUCCCAUACCGCUGCCGGGUCUGGGCCUAUCGCAUCCGCCCACUCCGUAUGCUGGUGGCGGUGGCGGAUCGCAUGUGGGCGUGGCUAUUGGGGCUGGUCCACCGCGUCCGCCGAUCACGCGCUGCGAGGAGAGCGACAAUUUCAAGCAGAUCGCGGCUCGUCACAAAAUGCGACGUCAUUUCGUGAGACGGGCACUGAUCGUGCCCAGCCUGAUACAGUGCGAACGGGAAUGCAUCGAGAGCCGCGACUUUGUCUGCCGCAGCUUCAACUACAGAGACACCGCCUCCAGCUAUGACGAUCGCGAUCGGGAGCGGGAUCGGGAACGUGAACGCGAGUCGCCCAACUGCGAGCUGAGCGACAGAGAUUCGCGCGAGCUGGACAUACACGAUCCGGGCUCGUUUGACGCCUCCAACUAUGACUUCUAUGAGCGCAGCAUUGGACGCAGCAGCGACGGCGAGUGCAUGGAUGUGACGCAGACGUGCAACGAGGAGGGCAUGGAGUUCACCAUACGGACGCCGGAGGGCUUUCUCGGACGCAUCUACACAUACGGCUUCUACGAUCGCUGCUUCUUCCGCGGCAACGGCGGCACCGUCAACGUGCUCCGAAUCAGCGGACCCCAGGGCUAUCCCGACUGCGGCACACAGCGCUACGGCGACACGCUGACUAAUAUCGUGGUCGUGCAGUUUUCGGACAAUGUACAAACAAGUCGCGAUAAGCGAUACAAUCUCACCUGCAUCUUUCGUGGCCCCGGCGAAGCGGUCGUCAGCUCUGGCUACAUCGGCGCGGGCUCGGGCAGCCCCAUACCCAUCGAGUAUUUGCCGGCCGAGAACACGCUCAGCUCCAAGGUGCGUCUGAGCAUUCUGUAUCAGGGCAGACCGACGACCACCAUAGCCGUUGGUGAUCCGUUGACGUUCCGCCUGGAGGCGCAGGAUGGCUACAACCACGUGACGGACAUCUUUGCCACCAAUGUGGUGGCCAGGGAUCCCUACUCCGGACGCAGUAUACAGCUUAUAGAUCGCUUUGGCUGCCCGGUGGAUCCGUAUGUGUUCCCAGAGCUGGACAAGCUACGCGAUGGCGACACACUGGAGGCACGCUUCAAUGCCUUUAAGAUACCCGAAUCCAAUUUCUUGGUGUUUGAGGCCACGGUGCGCUCCUGCCGCGAAGGCUGCCAGCCGGCCUAUUGUCCCGGUCCCGCCGGGCGCCAGGAGCCCUCCUUUGGCCGCCGGCGACGCAGCCUAAACAUAACCGACAUACCCGAGCCACAGGCACUCGAGGGCGAGCUGGACCCGCAGGAGAUUACGGUGGUCAACAGCACGACAGUCAGUGCGACGAUGGGUGGGGAACAGUUCAAUGCCACGCAGGAUCGCGAGAAGCCCAAGGAGAAUGAGGAGCCCGAGCAAGUGCGCGAAAUGAUCGAGGUAUUUGAGACGCGCGAGGAAAUCGAAAAGGAAUCGUAUCCACGCAAACUGGUCGCACCCGUGGAAACUGUGUGCAUGACGCCCGCCGAGUAUCACGGAUUAAUUACAGCUAUUAUUCUGCUGAUGAUCCUGCUCUUUAGCAUUACCCUGGUGGCAGGACUCGGCUACAGACGCUACUGGAAAUCCAUGUCGAAGAAUCGUCUGGUGGAUCGCCACUCGCCCAUCCACUCGCUGGGCCACUCGCACUCCUCGAUGCGCACCCACGAGCGCUUCUCCGAGAUCGGGCACAUGCCCAAUGCAGCAGGAGUAGGGGGAGGAGUAGGAGGAGUUGGUGCUGGCAGCAAUCGGAGCACAUCUAAUCGCGCCUCGAACGCUUUUCGCACCAACAUGUCCAUGUUUGGCGGCUCAUUACACAAGACUUUUGCCACAGGCAAUCUGGCGCGCAUGUGCCAGCUGCCGGUUAUAAAUCCCAUACGCACGGCCGGCAACAACAGCAACAGCAAUCACCAGUUCGAGGAUCCAAGCGAGCCCAUCUACACCGAUCCGUCGCUCUUCGAGCGCUCCAGAUCGCUGCGAAGUCUGACCAUGGUCGCCGAGUCCGAAGAUAAUCAAGAGGUCUAAAACGCAAAUGCACAAGGAUAUAAUUUGCUCGUCUUCUUGUGAUUAGUUGUAAAUAACCAAGCGAAGCUGUUCGACAACAUUUCAGCCUAAAUAUGGAUACAUAAAAUGGAACUUUCUAUCGGCCCAAUAAAGGAAAGUCCAGCACGUGCAUUCGGUUACCUCAGGCAUACAAAAGGAAAAAUGUUUGAGGCUCAAUAUCUAACUGAUAUCCACAUUAGACGUAAGCCCUUAAAUCGAAGACAAUCUAUUAAUAUUAACAGCAAGAACCAAAAAAUUCAUAGCAAAACAUAUGCAAAAUGUCAAACACACGUAUUUCUACAUAACUAAGAUACAUAUAUACAUAUAUAUAUAUAUAUUAAU